AUCUAUAUAUAGAUUGUAGCACCACCAUCAACGUCGGUAACUAGUUUUGUCCCUCUCCAUUCUGUAUCAGCACUAGUAUUCUCGACUCGUAGACGUUUAGAGAGAGCGCGCGUGAGAUUAAGGGAUGGAUCGAGAUUGGGGAUCGAAAACUGGUGGUGGAGGCGCAGCCUCUGCACAGAAUGAAGCCAUCGACAGAAGAGAAAGAUUAAGAAGACUUGCUCUAGAAACUAUUGAUCUUGCUAAAGAUCCUUAUUUCAUGCGUAAUCAUCUUGGAAGUUACGAAUGUAAGCUUUGUUUAACAUUGCACAAUAAUGAAGGGAAUUACUUGGCUCAUACUCAAGGGAAACGUCACCAGACUAAUUUGGCUAAAAGAGCUGCUCGUGAACUUAAAGAAGCUCCUGUUCAACCUCAGCCUCAUAAGCGAAAGCUUUCUCUCAAAAAGUCUGUUAAGAUUGGAAGGCCUGGAUACAGGGUAACAAAACAAUUUGAUCCAGAUACUAAGCAGAGGUCUCUUCUGUUCCAGAUUGAGUAUCCUGAAAUUGAAGAUCUUGAGAAGCCCCGACAUCGUUUUAUGUCAUCUUACGAGCAGAGAGUAGAAAAGUGGGAUAAAAGAUACCAGUUUCUUCUGUUUGCGGCUGAACCGUAUGAGAUUAUUGCCUUCAAGGUUCCAAGCACAGAAAUUGACAAGUCAACACCCAAGUUCUUCUCGCACUGGGAUCCAGACUCCAAAAUGUUCACGUUGCAAUUAUACUUUAAAGUGAAACCCCCUGAAACAAAUAAACCUCCAUCUGCGAGUGGUCCCGCUAAUGGCAUAGCAGCUCCAGGUGUGCCACCAAGACCAUUGCCUCCACAACCUCAAGCACCACCACCUCCACCACCUCAAGGAAAUCCGCCUGGUGGCUUUGCCAACCCACCAAGAGGCCCACCACCUGGUUCUGUGCCACCUCCGCCACCCAUGUCAUCUGCCAAUGGCCCUAGACCAAUGCCUCCUGGUGGAAGCCUACCAGUUCCUCCACCUCCUUCAGUUGGAAGCGGUACAAUGGCAAAUUUUACUCCUGGCACCCAAAUGGGUCGGCCAAUGAUGAUGAUGCCUCCACAAGGCUUUCCAGGACAACAGAUGCUACCACCGCCUCCUAACAUGGGACAACAGAUGCAAAGGCCCCCAAUGCCUCAGUAAGUGGCGCACAUCAAGGUUUUUAAAGCUGAAUUCGAUGGUUUUCAUCAACAUAAGAGGCUCUGGGAAUUUUUAUUGAAGUUGUAAUGGUAAUUAUGAUUUGGGUUUUACUGUUCUUUCCUUGAAUGGUAGGAUUGUUGCUCUUUGCCAAUAGUACUUUUCUCAGUGGUCCUUUCCAUGGAAGUUAUAUUGAAGGUCAUCAUGUUUUUCUUGUCUUACCUGUGGCUUCAGCCUUGUGGUCAUCUAUAACCUCUCUGGGUGUACUAUCUUUCUUUCAAUGGAUAUCUGCAGAACGUUGCUUCCCUCAUCAACAAUACUAUUUGCUACUUGCU